GCUAACCUGUCAGUUUGCUUUGCGCGAAUGUGAUAGGUGUUUGUCACGUCCGUUCUGUUCAUUUAAUUAUUUAAACAUGUAAAUAUGUAAUUAAAUCAUACGAAUCGGUGGUCGCAGCGCUAUUUUUUACUUUAAGUUCUUGUACGAAUAUUAGGGUCGCAAAUCAUUAAACGCGUGAAAAAAUGUCGGAGAUUCGUAAAAGAGUAAUUGUUACCGACGAUCAGAAGGAAGAUGUGGAGUCAGAAGAAGAUGCAAAAUUGGAAAUUGAAGAGAUGGCUAAAUCCUUAACGCAAGGAACGGAUCAUACCCCACACAUUUUGGAUUCUGCUCUUUCCGGCUUAACCGAUCGCUGGAAAAAUUGGAUAAUAAGAAGCAUCUUUACCUUGUUUAUGAUUGCUGGAUUUUGUGGUAUUAUUUAUAUUGGACCAUUAGCAUUGAUGGCCACAACAUUGGUCGUACAAGUAAAAUGUUUUCAAGAAAUUAUUAACAUUGGGUAUGCCGUGUAUAGAAUUCAUGGUUUACCAUGGUUUAGAUCUCUGUCAUGGUAUUUCUUAAUUACUUCAAAUUAUUUCUUUUACGGCGAAAAUUUGAUGGACUAUUUUGCCGUAGUGAUUAAUCGAACAGAAUAUUUACGUGUACUUGUUACGUACCAUCGUUUUAUUUCAUUUUGUCUUUAUAUAGUCGGUUUUGUAUGGUUCGUACUAUCGCUCGUAAAGAAAUAUUACAUGAAACAAUUUUCCCUAUUUGCUUGGACACAUGUUGCUCUACUUAUCGUUGUAACGCAAAGUUAUCUUAUAAUGAAAAAUAUUUUUGAAGGUUUGAUAUGGUUCAUUGUUCCAGUCAGUAUGAUAGUGAUAAAUGAUGUAAUGGCAUAUAUGUUUGGUUUCUUCUUCGGUAAAACGCCUUUAAUUAAAUUAUCGCCUAAAAAAACUUGGGAAGGUUUUAUAGGAGGUGGUAUUUCAACUGUCAUACUUGGUUUAGUGGUAUCUUACAUAAUGUGUCAGUAUCGCUACUUCGUCUGUCCUAUUGAAUAUAGCGAAGCUUUAGGACGAAUGACUAUGGAUUGCGAACCAUCCACUUUAUUUCAAGCUCAGGAAUAUGAUCUGCCUAAUUGCUUGCAACUCGUGUGGAAAAUGAUCAGCGGAAGAUCCACUAUAAUUCUCUAUCCAUUUUUACUUCAUUCGUUAUCAAUGUCGAUAUUUAGUUCGGUAAUCGGACCAUUUGGAGGCUUCUUCGCCAGUGGUUUUAAGAGAGCAUUUAAAAUCAAGGACUUCGGAGAUAUUAUUCCUGGUCAUGGAGGGAUAAUGGACAGAUUCGAUUGUCAGUAUCUGAUGGCAACAUUUGUAAAUGUCUACAUUUCUUCGUUUAUUCAAACUGCUUCACCGCAAAAACUUUUACAACAGGUGUACAGCUUGAAACCAGAACAACAGUUGCAAUUAUUUCAAACGUUAAAGGAUUCGCUACAAAACAGGGGUUUGUUGAAUAUCUAUUGAUGUUCCAGCAUCUAUUAGAAUUAUGAAUGAUAAGGAUUUACCUUUAAGUAGCAGAGAGUGUUAAGGAGAACUGCUUGCUGUCGUUUCUAAUAUCUGUCUGAAUAUUGUGUGCAAUGUAUGUUUGUACAAACAGCAUUAACAAUAUUAAUCAUAACUAUAUGCUAAAUGAAAUUACGAAGGUAAAGUUUAUUUUUUAAUUAGAAAACUAAGGGAUAUGCCAUGCAACAAUUGCAGUUUUUUUGCAUUCCGCGACAAACAGUCCAUUUUUUAUCAAGCAAAAGAAUUUCAUUAAACUGUGAUGACGAUAGAAAUUCGAUAAAGAGUUUCCUUUCUAUCGAUUAAACCAAAGAAUGAUGGAGGUACUGGUAUGUUAUAGAAAAAAAAGACUUCCAAUUACUCGUAAAUAUUUGUUUUCUUUUUUUACAAAUUACAACGUAAUAGCAAAUUCAUCGAUACAGAUUAAAUUUCAUAUAUUGUUUAUUCCAAACCAGAUGUAUUUACUUAAAUUAAUCAGAUCUCAAUAUAUUUUUAAACUGUAAUUACGCAUUUAAGAUUCAUAGUAUAUAACAGAGACGAAUCUCUUUAAUAAUACCCAUUUUUUGCAUACGAUUUUAAAUAGAAAGUAACAUCCAAUAGUUUUAUUUGAAAAAUCAUUGAAACUAUAUUUUUCGAAAGAGUAUUAUCAAUUGCAUAUUAAUUUUCAUGUAAAGUGUUUCUUAUAGAUUACUACCAUAGUUUACACAUUGUGUAUGUAUUAAUGUAUUUAUAAUCAAUAUGUAUUAAUCGGUGUUAUUGACAAAAAUGACAAAGGGAAUUUUAAACUUUCUUACGAUCAGUGUCAUGCAAAUGUUCAUAUUUCUUCAUAGUAUUAACAUUGGAGUUAACAUUUUCUUUAAUCUUCCUCAAGGAAACAAGUUCUAAAUUUAACAAAAUAUUGCAUUGCAAUAAAUGCAAGUAAAACUGUCGUAUUUUUAUUCUAUUAACAAUCAUAGUACUUAUCUGUUUAACAGGUAGAUGUUACUGUACAUCAUGACACUGAACAUAUUGCUAUGUUUUAAUUGUACAUGUGAAUCUAUAAAGAUAAUAAGGUGAAAGAAGGUAACUUGCUCUUAUUUUUAAUUUUAUUAUAAGAACUUUUAUUACGAACAAAAAUAAAGAAGAGAUUAAAUCGUUCGUUAAAUGGAAAUGUAACUGUUCUUCGCAGUAGUUACCUUUCUACUUUAAUACUCCUACUUUUGUUUACUUAGCGCAUAGCAAUUACUUGUCCCGUUAUAUAAAUGGAAAAGUAAAAUAAUCUCACAUUUACUGCAAGAUUAAGAAAAUUUAAUUGUAACUCGAAUAUUCAGGAAUAUUAUUACAAAAUAUUACGUUCCAAGUUAUUCCAUAGUCCUAUUUGAAAUUGUGCCAAUUACGAUUAUGUGAAAAAAUGUCGAUACGGCACAACUAGUGAUAUUUUUGUGUGAUUGCAUUACAUUUCCAAUUGAAAUUUUGUACGUUUCGUGCGGUAAAUUCACGUACGACUUUUCAGAAAAUUUACACGAUCCAUCUAAGUUCAAAUUAAACCUCUUCUAUUUUUCUUUAACAAUUAAACUCCUUAUACGUUAUAAGAAAUGUUUCGAUGUUGAAGAUAUAAUGUUUACCUUAAGUGUGUAUACAAAACAAGAGAGAACAGUAAUAGACGAAUAGAUAAAUGUAUGUAUAUUUAUUUAAUAGAGAACAAUAAAAUACAUAUGUUUAGAUGGAAGAUUUAUAAAGUAACAAAUAUGUUAUCACAACUAUAGAUUCGUAACUGAAGGUGACUUAAAUGUAAAUAUAUGAUUAUAUAUUUAUGUAGUAGUGCGAGGAAAUAAAGAAAAUUCUUGUAAAUG